CCAAAAUAAACACAUGUGCACGAAGUAAACAAAUCGAAAUUUUACGGAAAUAAUUCACUAAAAAUGGACGUUGAUACAAUAAAUCAAGACUAUUUUACGAGUUACGAAGACUUGGAGAUUCACGAGUUAAUGUUGUUGGACGAUGCUCGAACUCAAACGUACCGAAAAGCAAUCGAAGCUUGUUCCUCCUUAUUCAAGGACAAAAUAGUAAUGGAUGUCGGUUCAGGCACCGGAAUUCUUUCAAUGUUUUGCGCAAAAGCCGGCGCUAAAAAGGUUUUCGCUGUCGAAGCUUCCAACACGGCGCGAUUAUCGGAGAAAAUUAUCGCCGACAACAAGUUGGAAUCAGUAAUUUCGGUGUUUCAUGGGCAAGUUGAGAGUUUCGAGUUGCCAAAUGACGUUGACGGAGUUGAUAUCAUCGUGAGUGAAUGGAUGGGAUUUUAUCUGCUGCACGAAUCAAUGUUGGAUUCGGUGAUUUUUGCUCGCGAUAAAUUCCUAAAAAGUGAUGGAUUGAUGUUUCCGACGUCAGCGUCGUUAUAUUGCGCUCCGAUAAUGCUCCCGAAUAGGUUUGAUGGGCCUUUUGAAGGACUCGAUUUAAGAACUUUUGCGAAAGAAUUGCGAACGCAGAAGAGUCAGAAGCCCCAAGUUGAGGUUUUGAAGGAGGAAAAUUUGUUGCACGAAGGAAGUGUUGUUGCUUGGAUCGAUUUGAAGGAGACUUCAGUGGAAGAUUUGAAGGAAUUUGACAUUAAAGAGGUUUUCGUUGCUCAAAAAUCUGGCGAACUUCGAGGCUUUUGCAUUUGGUGGGACGUAAUAUUUCCCAAUGAAACCUCAUCUGACGAGCCCAUUGCUCUUCCCACGGGUCCCAAAGACCCUCCAACGCAUUGGAAACAAACAAUUAUCGAAUUUCCGGACGAAGCAACGCAAACCAUCGAAGAACCCGGAGUCCCAAUCGCAGUUCAACUGAAAAUUUCCCGCAGCUUGGAGUCAACAAGACGCUACAAUCUCCAUUUGGAGAUGUUGGAUCCCGAAAAAGAGGAACAUCCGAUGCCCUGCAACUGCAUCAUGACAAAAUGUAUUCUAACGAAGCAACAUUUAGCAUCUCUCGAGAUGAACGAUCUGUAAAAAAAAAUCAUUUUUAAGUGAAUUUUUUUUAUUUU